AUAAAACCCCAUUCCCCUCCUAUAUCCCACCAGAAAAUAAUUCUAAUUAUUAUUUAAAAAAGAAAAGAAAAAAAGGUUUCUCCGGUAGCCCAAGGAAUGAGAGUGUUGGUCAUCCUUGGCUACACUAGCUCUUCAAUCUCCACUCCCCCAAAUCCCAAUGGCAACCGCUCCACCAAACCCUACAAGCCCCCAAUCCCCAAGCUAUCCCCUUCCAAAUCCUCCCCUCCAAUCUCCACCCUCCAUUCCCGGCCGCCGCCUCUCUUCGCCGGCCGCUGGGACCCCCACAACACCCACCUCUCCUACUUCGCCGACCUCGCCUCCAAGCUCGCCCGCGACGGCAAGCUCGACGACUUCGCCAUGAUCGCCGAGAGCGUCGUCCUCUCCGGCGUCAAGCCCUCGCAGUUCGCCGCCGCGCUCAAGGUCGACAUGGUCGCCAGGGGCAUUUCCGGGUUUUUGAAGGAGGGGAAGGUCAGGCGCGUCGUGGAGGUGUUGACCAAAGUUGACGAGCUUGGGGUUCGGCCGCUGGAGCUGUUUGAUGGCUACGCUAUGGAGUUGCUGGGAGGACAUUGUCACCGCCUUUUGAAAUUCAAGCAAGUUCAGGAACUUGUUGAGCUUAUGGAGGUUCUUUCAGGUUUGCAUUUCCCAAUCAAAGAACUGGUGGAGCCAUCUGAAGUCAUCAAAACAUGUGUCGAUAAACGUAGCCCGAAAUUGGCCAUAAGGUAUGCUUGUAUUUUUCCACAUGCGCAUAUCUUAUUCUGUAACAUUAUGAAUGAGUUUGGAAAGAGGAGGGCAUUGGCGUCUGCUUUGACAGCAUAUGAAGCAUCAAAGCAAAAAUUGAGUGGUUCUAAUAUGUACAUCUACCGCACAAUAAUUGACGUCUGUGGUGUCUGCAAAGACUACAUGAAAUCUAGGUACAUUUAUGAGGACUUGCUUAAACAGAAGGUCAUUCCGAAUAUAUAUGUUUUCAACAGUCUGAUGAAUGUGAACUCACAUGAUCUGAGCUACACAUUUCAUGUAUACAAGAGUAUGCAGAAUCUUGGUGUCAAAGCAGAUUUGGCAUGUUACAAUAUUCUUUUGAAGGCAUGCUGUCUCGCUGGAAGAGUUGAUCUGGCACAAGAUAUUUAUAGGGAAGUACAGCAUUUGGAAUCGACAGGAGUGUUGAAAUUGGAUGUCUUCACUUACAGCACUAUUGUAAAGGUCUUUUCAGAUGCAAAAAUGUGGCACAUGGCUUUAAAUGUCAAAGAAGAUAUGGUAGCAGCAGGUGUUAUGCCAAAUACAAUUACAUGGUCAUCAUUGAUCAGUGCCUGUGCAAAUGCAGGUCUUGUGGAUAAGGCAAUUCAAUUGUUUGAAGAGAUGCUCUUGGCCGGCUGUGAACCUAAUUCACAGUGCUUUAACAUCCUUCUGCAUGCUUGUGUUGAGGCUUGCCAGUAUGACAGGGCUUUUCGCCUUUUCCAUUCUUUUAAGAGUAAUAAGGUCCAGGAGACUUUUGGCAAAAACUACAAAGGGCGUUCUUUUAAACCCACAACUACAACAUACAAUACUUUGAUGAAGGCCUGUGGGUCUGACUACUACCAUGCAAGAGCACUGAUGGAUGAGAUGAAAACAGUAGGUCUUUUUCCUAAUCAAAUAACAUGGUCGAUUUUGGCUGAUAUAUGUGGAAGCUCGGGGAAUGUUGAGGGUGCCUUGCAGAUCUUGAAAAGUAUGCGUGUAGCUGGGAUCCAACCUGAUGUUGUUGCCUAUACAACAGCCAUCAAGAUCUGCGUGGAAAGUGAAAAUUUGGACUUAGCAUUGUCACUGUUUGCAGAAAUGAAAAAAUAUCAGAUACACCCAAAUUUGGUGACAUAUAAUACACUUUUAAGGGCUCGUAGCAGAUAUGGUUCUGUAAGUGAAGUACAACAAUGCCUGGCUAUAUAUCAGGACAUGCGGAAAGCAGGUUACAAGCCCAAUGAUUAUUACCUUGAGCAACUAAUUGAGGAAUGGUGUGAAGGAGUUAUACAAGACAGCAGCCCGAAACAAGGUGAGUUCAGUUACUGGGACAAAGCUGGCAUUGGGAGACCUGGAAGUGUGCUUCUUGAAAAAGUUGCAGAACACUUACAACAGCAUAUUGCUGACACUUUAGCAGUUGACCUUCAAGGACUUACAAAGGUUGAAGCUCGGAUAGUUGUUCUUGCAGUUCUGCGAAUGAUCAAAGAGAACUAUACCUUAGGAGAUUCGGUAAAAGAUGACAUGUUGAUCAUGGUAGGAGUCCAUGAUGAGGUUGAUGGAGGCUCAACAGCUCACAAUUUAGAGGUCAUAGAUGCAAUAACCAAGCUUCUACAGGAUGAAUUGGGGCUCAAGGUUCUUUCAACAGUACCUAAAGUUGCACUUGAUACUACAAUAGUAUCCGAGAACAAUAUAGAUUCAGAUCAAACUUUGGAAGAAAAGCCAGUAAGGAAUGAAUUACACUCAGAGUUGAUUUAUUCCACUAGAAGACCCGUGGUUCUGGAAAGGCUAAACGUAUCCAGGAAAUCAUUGCAACAAUGGCUGCGAAAAAGAAGUUCCCUUAGGAGGUGAUUAAUUCAGAUGUAAGAAAUCAGAAAUUUGUACAUGCUAUUCAUAGAACAAUAGUUACUCAUCCAAACAAAGAAAAAAGAGAACAAUAAUUGCCUAGCCUCA